GCUUUGAUUUUGGUUGUUUUCUGUCUGACUCUGAUAAUAAAAUCAGCCAGUGGCACCCAUGGGGAGCACUGUGUAAAUUGUUUUAUGUGUUUGUAUCAAUAAUUUUAGCUGAUGUCAGCAGUUUGUAAAAACCAAGGACUACACAACUGAUACACGGUCUCAAAAAUGAGCCAGAUGCCAAUCGGUGCAAGCUUCUCGUCAACCCACAACUACACGCACAACAUUUGUAUGAUUGUGCACUGCAAUGCCCAAUAUCUCUGACUUUUCUCACCAGCAUGGCAUCUUCCAACACUUACAGACUCCGCUGCUCCGUCCCAGGACACGAAAUGGAUGUUAGGGGACUGGCACCUACUUCGUUUCCCGAAGGCGCCUUUGUUUCUGUAUCCAGAGACAGAACUGGCAGGGUAUGGGUACCUAACAUGGGUCCGAACAGGAGUUUUACAGAAAUGCACUGUAUGCACGGUCACACCAAUUUUGUGUCUUGUGUGUGCAACAUACCUCCCAACGAAACCUACCCUCGAGGACUAAUCGCAACAGGGGGAAAUGACAACAACAUCUGUGUCUUUUCAUUGGACAGACCUGACCCUCUAUACAUUCUUAAGGGUCACAAAAAAACUGUUUGUACCCUCUCUGCUGGAAAAUUCGGGACGCUGUUAAGUGGCUCGUGGGAUACUACAGCGAAAGUGUGGCUCAAUGACAAAUGCAUGAUGUCUCUGCAGGGUCACACAGCAGCAGUGUGGGCUGUAAAGAUAUUUCCUGAACAGGGAUUAAUGCUGACUGGAUCAGCUGACAAAAGCAUCAAACUGUGGAAAGCAGGCAGGUGUGAGAAAACGUACAAUGGUCACAAAGAUUGCGUAAGAGGGUUAGCUAUUGUGAACAACACCGAGUUCUUCUCUUGCAGUAAUGAUGCCAGCAUAAGAAGGUGGCAUAUAGAUGGAGAAUGUCUGCAGGUUUACUAUGGGCACACCAACUAUAUAUACAGUAUAUCGGUCUUCCCGAAUGGUCAAGACUUCAUUAGCACAGGAGAAGAUCGAUCCAUACGAAUUUGGAAAAAUGGUGACUGUGCACAGACCAUCAGGCUUCCUGCUCAGUCAGUAUGGUGCUGCUGUAUUUUGGACAAUGGGGACAUAGUUGUUGGUGCAAGUGACGGGAUCAUCAGAGUCUUUACAGAGUCUGACGAGCGGAAAGCAAGUGCUGAAGAUAUUAAGGCUUUUGAAAAUGAACUUUCCCAGACUACAAUUGAUGCUAAAACAGGAGAUUUGGGAGAUAUUAAAAUGGAGGAACUUCCAGGGAGAGAACACUUAAAGGAGCCUGGUACCCGGGAUGGGCAGACACGGCUUAUUAAAGAUGGAGAGACGGUGCAGGCGUAUCAGUGGAGCGUCUCUGACGGUAACUGGCUGAAGAUUGGGGAUGUCAUUGGCUCAUCUGGGGCGACACCGCAGUCAUCUGGAAGAGUACUGUUUAAGGGAAAAGAGUAUGAUUUUGUUUUUACCAUCGAUGUAAAUGAAGGAGGUCCUUCAAUGAAACUGCCCUAUAACGUUGCUGAUGACCCUUGGUUAACUGCACACGAUUUUCUGGAAAAGAACGACUUAAACCCCAUGUUCUUAGACCAGGUGGCUAACUUUAUCAUAGAGAACACUAAAGGAGAUACUGUGGGACACAGAGCGACAGGACACUCGGAUCCGUUUACAGGUUCGGGCCGCUAUGUUCCUGCGUCUGUUGGUGGCUCCAGUGCAAGUGGAGCAGAUCCCUUUACAGGCUCUGGGCGCUAUAUUCCUGGAUCUGGUCCAAGUAUAGAUGCACCUGCUGGGGUAGCAGAUCCUUUUACUGGUGGAAGUGCUUACUCCUCAAAUACACGACAAUCAACAUCUGCUCCAACAAAUAUUUAUUUUCCGAAGACAGACGCAGUAAAAUUUGAACAGGCAAAUACAACGCAGAUUUUGGCCAAGUUGAAGGAAUUAAACAGAGGAGCACCAAGUGAACAAACGUUGUCUGAUGACGGAAUCCAAAAGCUUGAAAAGCUGCUCUCAACUGUUUCCAAUCUUAAUGCUGUAGAAAAACCUACAACAGAGGAGAUUGAGAUACUGUGGAAAACUGCCCACUGGCCUGAAGAUAUUGUCUUUCCUGUCUUGGAUAUCCUUCGCCUAGCUGUGAGGCACCCUGUGGUGAAUGAACAAUUCUGCAAUGAAAAAGAUGGUGUUCAAUUUUGCAAUCAUCUGCUAAACCUGAUGGGCCCCCAUGGGAAACCAGCUAAUCAAAUGCUGGUCCUUAGGACUCUGUGUAAUAGCUUUGCAGGCCAGUGGGGCCAGACGCUGCUGAUGUCAAUGAGGGAGACGGUGAUGUCACAGGCAAUGGAACUGAGAGCGGUCAACAACAAGAACAUUCACGUUGCAUUGGCUACCCUGGUCCUUAAUUAUGCAGGGUGCCUGCAUAAGGUAGCUGACCUUGAAGGGAAGGCGCAAUGCCUUUCCAUGGUCAGCACUAUCCUUGAGGUGGUGCAAGACAAAGAGGCCAUCUUCAGACUUCUGGUGGCACUGGGGACAACUAUCGGCAAUGACGGUACUGCAAGGGAUUUGGCACAGUCGCUGGGAGUCAGAUCUCAAAUCAAGAAAUAUUCCAAUGUAACUGACCCAGCUAAAUUGGGGGAAUGCUGUAAGUUGAUUCUGAAUCAACUGUAGUCUUUAUUUAUUGUUUUUUCCAGUUUAUAAAUUUAACAUUUACAAAAAGUUUUGCUGAUUUUAAUUUCACAUUCUGCUGCAAUAAAGUGAUGGUAAAGUAGUGUUGUAAAGCAUGAUUACUCCCAAACCUUCUUUCCUGAAAGGCCUGCCAUAAGAUUAGACAUCCUGCAACUGCAAAAAACAAUUUGUUGUAGUGAGUGCUGAUAUUACUUUUUUUCAAGGUUGUGAGUGCUAACAUUGCCUUUUCAUGGUAGUAAGUGUUAACGCUUUUUUCAGAUGUCGACUUCAUUGAAUCUGUCACAACAGAUAUUUAAUGAAAAUAAAAAAUGAAAAUCACUCAUACUUGACCCUGUUCACAACUUUAUUGUUUUAAGCAAAGUUUUGUUAGGAAUUAUUAUUAUUAUUAUUAUUAUUAUUAUUAUUAUUAUUAUUAUUAUUAUAUUAUUAUUUAGCAGAUGCCUUUAUCCAAGGCGACUUAGAGACAAAACUUUGUGAACCGCAGACUUCAUUUAAAUCAAUUAAAACAUGCUUUAAAAAAUAUAAAAUGAUGACAUUCUUUGUGUGUGUGUAAAUAGGACCCAAAUAAAGCUUUGUGGAUAGAGCCCUGAGUGUAUCAUAAUCUGAA